CUGCCAGGAAACCAUCGAGUACAUCAGAAGCCUGCGUUAUAAUGCCCAUUGAUCUUGGACUCCAGAGGAUAUCCAUACUUCUCAGCGUGCUUGGUAACCCACACAAGUAUGCCAACUUCGUCCAUAUAGCUGGAACAAACGGGAAAGGCUCUGUGUGUGCCUACUUGACAUCAUUGUUACUCUCCAACACCAGAGGGUUCAGGGUUGGUAAAUUCACCUCACCCCACUUGAUAUUCCGUCAUGACUGUGUCACUGUGAACAAUGUCCCAGUUUCAGAGUCCACGUUCCAUUCGGUGGAACAAGAAGUGCUGAAAUUGAACAACAUCCAUGGAAUCGGUGCUACGGAGUUUGAGAUCCUAACAGCUGUUGCGCUUCAAAUCUUCAAACUUGAACAGGUUGACCUUGCAGUGAUGGAAGUUGGAUUAGGAGGUCGGUUGGACGCUACGAAUGUCAUAGAGCAGGCGAAAAUUGGGAAAGAUGGCUGUACAAUCUUUGAGAAGGGGGUCUUGGUGACGGGUAUCACCAAGAUUGGGAUUGACCAUGAGGCCAUACUUGGUAAUACAAUUGCUGAGAUUGCGAGCGAAAAGGCUGGAAUCAUCAAACCAUUCAUUACAAAUAUAGUGGACGGUACAAAUGAGCCAGAUGCACUGAGUGUCAUUGCGCAGAAAUCAAUUGAAACACAUUCACACAACUACGUUGUGAUACAGACUGACAAUCACAUACAGACACCAUUUGGAGUCGUUGAUAGAGACGUCUCACCACUAAGGGGUAGUUACCAGCUACAAAACCUGUCUGUUUCUCUGAAGAUUCUUGAAGUGCUAUUCCCCUUUCUACAAGAAAAUUACCCAUUCCAGUGUAAUUUCUCUCAUGAAAAUGUCAUAAAUGGUGUUAAAUCUGUACAAUGGCCAGGACGACUGCAACGAUUAUCGUUGAACUAUUCGAAAGAUCGCCCCCAGUUAGAAGUAUUGCUAGAUGGUGCUCAUAACGGGCAGGCUGCUAAGGAAUUGGCAAAGUACUUGAGAUCCAAAUACGGUGAUGAAGGCUUGACGUUCAUCAUUGCAGUGACAAAGGGCAAAGACCUGGGACCAUUGUUGAAUGAACUCAUCAGAUCACAGGAUAGAAUCAUCACAACAAGCUUCAACCCAGUUGACGGAAUGCCAUGGAUACAACCAUAUGACCCGUCAGAUCUACAACAGGAAAUAUUGCAAUACACAGAGAAUGUUGAAGUACAACCUGAUGUCCAGAAGACGUUUGCUCAAGUGAAAGAGGGUGAAAAGGUGGUUGUAUGUGGUAGUUUGUACUUAGUUGGCCAGGUACUCAAAUUACACAGUGAGAACAGUGAAUCAUCAUCUUUAUAAUGCCAUAAAAGAUGAGAACAAGACGACCAUAAUCGUGGAACAUAGAGAGUAGUCAUCAUCAUAAUGGAGAUAUCACUUCUUUAACGAUCUCAUUCUUGAGAUGAAGCCUAACAAUUCAUCUUCAACUUGGAAAAUCUCCUCGAUGGACAUUUUCGAAAGCUCGUCAUCCCGG